CCGUGCCGCUUGCAGCCGGUGGUCGCCCGGUUGCUAUGGCGGAGUUAUGGUUUCUAGCAGCUUUAUUUCUGGUGCUCUCCGUCUGCAGUUUUUCCCUUGCGGAUGCGAACGUGUCUCUGCUGAGCGUGGGGGCGGUGCUGCUGUUGGUGUCGGUCGUGUGGGCUCGCCGGCGGUGGGGUGGUGUCGCCUGUAGGGCUGUGUGUGUGCUGGUUAUGGGGGACCUGGGCCGGAGCCCCCGCAUGUUGUACCACACGCUGUCGUUGGCCAGGCACGGCUUCAGCGUCACUGCUGUCGGCUACCCUGGUGCAAAACCUCAUGAAGAUAUUUUAAAUAAUGAUAACAUUAAAAUUGUCUACUUAACAGAGGUUAUGACAGCAACAAAGUUUGGACCAAAGAUUUUUCAAUAUGGGGUCAAGAUCUUUGUGCAGACUUUGCAAAUAUGUUAUGUCCUCUUAAAGAUUAAUCCACCAUCCUACAUGCUGCUGCAGAAUCCUCCAGGCCUCCCUGCAAUUGCAGCUGUAUGGGCAGUAUGUUUCUUCAGCGGAAGUAAAUUUAUUAUUGACUGGCAUAAUUAUGGUUACACCAUUAUGGGACUGACACAUGGAGAUCAUCACCCGAUUGUGCUGAUUGCCAAAUGGUAUGAACAUUUUUUUGGAAAGCUGUCUGAUUCAAAUCUGUGUGUGACUGAAGCCAUGAAAGAAGACUUGAGAGUGAACUGGAGUAUCAAGGCAAUCACACUAUAUGAUGCCCCAUCUCCCAUUUUCAGAGAAGCUCCUCUAGAAUUGCAGCAUAAGUUGUUUAAGAAGCUUGCCAAUGAUUUUGCCCCAUUUAGAGCAAGGACCAAAUCUGUGCCUUCUAAUUUGGAACAGACAGCAUUUACUGAACUGAAUAUUAAUACUGGAGAUGUCACAUAUGUCCGAGAAAGACCUGCAUUGCUGCUUAGCAGUACUAGCUGGACAGAAGAUGAAGAUUUCUCCAUUCUAUUAAAAGCUUUAGAAGAGUAUGAAGGAUUUAUAACCAGCGGUAUAAAGUUGCCAAUCCUUGUUUGUGCUAUUACAGGAAAAGGUCCAUUAAAGGAAUUCUACAGCCACCUAAUUGAAAAAAUGCAUUUUAAGCAUGUUCACAUUUGCACUCCAUGGCUGGAAGCAGAGGACUAUCCAGUGCUACUAGGAUCUGGUGAUCUAGGAGUUUGUCUUCAUAAAUCAAGCAGUGGGCUAGAUUUGCCAAUGAAGGUAGUGGACAUGUUUGGUUGUCGUUUGCCUGUGUGCGCACUUGAUUUCCAGUGUCUACCAGAACUUGUGAAACAUGAAGAAAACGGUCUAAUAUUUAAAAAUUCUCAUGAACUGGCUGAGCAACUAAAGCUUCUCUUUACAGAUUUCCACAAAGAAAGAAACAAACUUGGUGUAUUUAAAAGAAACUUGAAAGAAGCUAAGAUGGUUCGGUGGGAUGAGAAUUGGGAUCAAACAGUGCUUCCUCUGCUGGCAAGCCACUGAAAUCUGUGACCACUAC